AUGCCACUGAUCAGGGAGCAGCAGCAGCCUGGGAAGGUGAAACAUGUCUGGAAAAGUGACUUUAUAGGGGAACUUGGAGCAAUUUGUCCUGUUCUUCUUUCUCAGGCUGACGAGCCUGCGCCUGUGGGGAACUACAGCCAGAGGAAGGAAGAAGAAGAAAAGCUCUUGCUAGAACUCUCUCAGCAGCUGCAGAAACUUGCUCGUGUCUUGGCCCUGGAUGACGUGACGACAAAUCACCCAGUGGAUGCAGAGCAUCAGAAAGAUCCAACAGCAGAUGAAAACGAAGAGGAGGAUGAGAGUGAAGAUGAAGAGAGCAGUGAUGAGGAAGACAGUGAAGAGGAAGAGGAGGAGGACAAACUGUUGGAUGAUCCAGAUGUUAAAGAAUGUGUUGCAGUUGGGCACUUGAGUGCACAGCAGGAGGGGGAUCUGGCGUUGACGAAAGGUGAAGUCCUCCUUAUCCACGACAAGAAGGCAGAUGGCUGGUGGGUGGCUGAGAACUCCAGAGGGGAGAGAGGCUUGGUUCCUAGGACCUACCUUGCGGUCCACCAUGGAGAUGGUGAAAGCUCAGAGCAGAGUGAGGAGCACACAGAAGUGGUGGAUGAAACAGCAGAUGGAACUGCAAUUAAAAAAAGAACAGAUUCUCACUGGAGUGCUGUAAGGAGAGCUAUGACAGAGAAUGACACAGUGGAGGUGCUGGCAACCACAGGAGCCGUUCCGGCCGGAUUCCGCCCGUCCACGCUCUCUCACCUUCUUGUUGUAGGCAAUCAGUUCCGAGCCAGUCGUUUCCUGCAGCCUGAACUCACUCCAUCACAGCUGGCUUUCAAAGACUUGGUGUGGAACUCAGAAAAAAACACGAUCUCUCCCAGAGCAGCUCGAGUGUCCCUGGUUGCCACGCUGAGUGGCUGCAGAGCCAUCCCCCUCCCAGGGAGCAGCAUCCAGGUGCUCAGUAGGCACGUCCGGCUCGCUCUCUUCGACGGCCACCGGGUGCUGAGUAACAUUCACACAGUGAGAGCUACGUGGCAACCAAAAAACCCUCAAACAUGGACCUUUUCACCCAGGGUGACAGGCCUUCUGCCCAGCUUGCUGGAUGGUGACUGCUUUGUGAGGUGCAGCUGCCUGUCCCCAGCCCUGGGGGUGCUGUUUGAGCUGGGCAUCACCUACCUCCGCAGCUCAACGGGUGAAAGAGGAGAGCUAAGCUGUGGCUGGGCAUUUCUGAAGCUUUUUACUUCUGAUGGAAUGCCUGUUCCUUCCAAGUAA